AUGUUCUGUUUGCGCAGCUGGCUUCCUCUCCUCUUCAUCCCGACCAACGCCUCGCCGGCCUUCAUCUUUCUAUUCUUCAUUUGCACAUACUUUCUGCACCGCCCUUGUGUGUACUGCAGCAUCUUGCUCAUUAUUCUGUUUCUCACGAGCUGCAACUGGUCCGACCGAUGUUUUUUCGACUACAAUAGCAACUGGUUUCUACCACGGCCGAGCAACCCGCUCGAGGAGGCCUCUGCAUGUACGGGUCUGAACUGCUCUACCGUACGAAACAGUGGCGCGACCAUGUACAAUGCGACUGUUUUUCGUAUUCUCAAUUCCACGGCAACUACGCUCGCGAGUGCUACGGUAGCCAAGCCGGAGUGGACGGGUUUGGGCCUGGGGUGGCUCAGGAACCUCCUCGGACAGAGAGAGUGGCAAAUUGAGUGCAUGGAUAUAUAUCUUCGCCUAUAA